GCUUAUUGAAUGUAAAGCAAGCCGGCAAAUUAUUGUGUCACAGCAACAGUUAGAAGUUAUUAGAAUAUAAAAAAUGUUGCCGACUGUAUACAUUUUGAGUAAUUUAAUAAAACCCCUCAACGCCAGCUGCAGACGCGCCGUGCACCUGAAGAAACGCGAACUCUACCAGCAAUGCUUUCGCAUCCUGGGCGUCCAUGAGUCCGCCGACCAGGAGACAGUGCGUCGCGCCUACUUGGAUUUGGUGAAGCGCGUCCAUCCCGACGCCGACAGCGAUGAGGCAAGCAACGAGCGCUUCCAGCAGGUGGACGAAGCAUUCAAAAUACUGCAAGAGAAAUUCGCCAAAAGUCGUCGCAACAUCAGCGAGAACGAAGACGAGGAACUGGAGUUCGAUAUAAGACACACGGCGCCGCAGCAUCGUCAAUAUCUCUCCAACGAGGGCAUCGGCGUGGGCACGCCCUUCCAGCGCCAGAAGCAAUACCAGCAGGUGCGUGCCAUGAAGGCCCAGGAGCGUGUCCUCGAACACCGCGUGGAGAAGGCGGCGGCCGGCGAACACGCCCUAAUGCGCAAAGGCGGCAGCUACUACGGCAAGCAUGCGAUCAAGACGAAAUAUGGGAUCGAUCGUGUUGUCGAGGAUCUCAUCCAGGAGGCCAUGUCCAAGGGCGACUUCAACAAUCUAAAUGGCGCCGGCAAGCCGCUGUCGCUGGCCCAAACCCAGAAUCCCUAUCUGGACUUUACCACGCACAAGCUGAACAAAAUAAUGCUCGACAAUGGCUUCACGCCGGAAUGGAUCACACUUAGCCGGGACAUACGCGAAGCGGCGGCCAAGCUGAAGCAACAGCUGCGCAACGAGCGCUGCUACUACGGCGACUGGCCCUUGGCCACCCUGGAGGAGCAGGCGGCCUGGCAACAGUUUGCCCAACUCCAUGCGGAUGACAUAAAGCAGCUGAAUAAAACCAUAGACAAAUACAAUUUGAUUGUGCCCAUACUGGAGAAUCAAUACUUUCGCCUGACCCUGGACAAGCUGGCCGAGAGCGUGUUCAAGGAGCCGGACCUAAAGCGCAACAUGAAGAGACCCCAACAGCUGCAGGCCAAGCCGGAGCCAGCCGGCAGCGAGCGCGGCUUCAUGGUGAAUCUGUUCUCAAUGUUUCUGUGAGGCAGUCGAGAGAGUCUAUUUGUAAUAUAGUGGGUGAUAUUGUAGUUAGGGAAACGGAGAGUGUGAUAUGGAACGUGAUAUGUAAUAAACUGAGAGCCAAAGCAG